GGACGGGCAGGAAGUGGCGGUGGCUUUUCCGGCGGAGGGCCACGCUAUGGAGUCUGAAGCGGAUGAGAACGGGAGCGGCUUCACCAGCGUGGCUUCCAAGCGCGGCAGGAGGAAGCGGAGAGCGGCGGCUGCGGAGCCGAUGGAGGCGGUGGAUGCGGCGGGGCCGCAGCCCAGCAAGAGACCCGCCUUCCCACCGCUGCCCGCCGCGGCCAUGGGGGUGGGGAAAGGGGAGGUGAGGAAGGUGCCGGUACCGGCCAACAGGUACACGCCGCUGAAGGAGAACUGGAUGAAGAUAUUCACGCCCAUCGUGGAGCACCUGCAGCUCCAGAUCAGGUUUAACUUAAAGACCAGGAACGUGGAGAUCAAGACCUGUGCUGAGACCAAAGACCUCAGUGCUCUGACCAAAGCAGCUGACUUUGUCAAAGCCUUCAUACUCGGCUUCCAGGUGGAGGACGCUCUCGCUCUCAUCAGAUUAGAUGAUCUCUUCCUGGAAUCAUUUGAAGUUACGGAUGUCAAACCUUUGAAGGGAGAUCACCUGUCCAGAGCAAUAGGGAGAAUAGCGGGGAAAGGUGGAAAAACCAAAUUCACUAUAGAAAACGUAACGAGAACGAGGAUCGUUCUUGCUGACUCGAAAAUCCAUAUUUUAGGAUCUUUUCAGAACAUUAAAAUGGCACGAACGGCAAUUUGCAACCUCAUUUUAGGAAGUCCACCAUCCAAAGUUUAUGGCAAUAUUCGGGCUGUGGCCAGCAGAGCAGCUGAAAGAUUCUGAGGUGCUGCUUUACCAAAGACUGCGGCUGUGGAAGCACUCGGCCUUCUGCUGGAAUGGGAAGCACAGAAGAAAAGUGGGACUGUUUGUGCAGUCUGCAUCCUGCAGGCAUCCUGUCUGAUUGAACACAACCUCUGUACAGCCAUUAAAAGCUAUUGUAAAAAUGAUGAAA